AUGAGCUCCAUAGAAGAAAUCGUCAAGCUCACCGGCUCAGAGAGCUGGAAGGCGUGGAAUGCGCGCUUCACCACCGAGGCGACCAACUGCGGGCUCUGGGAGCUCAUCAACCCUACCAGCGCUUCCAAAGGAGCCUACAAAACCACGCCCAUCAAACCCGACGUCGCCAACUACGAGAAGCGCCUCGAUGCACCCGCCAGCAAUACACGCGGCAAUACGCCUGCAAGCGGCAGUUCCCAAGUGGUCGCACCCGGCAAACCAAAGAACGCAGCCGAGAUGACCGCAGCAGGGCGUGAUGCAUACAAGAUUGACCUUUCCGAAUACCGCGAAGAGAAGGGCGACUACGAGAAGGAGCUCCAGAAUAUCACCUUCCUAUGCUCCUGGACUACCAAGACUGUGGCCGCCAGCUUGUUCGAUACAACCUGCAACCCCGAGAAGAAGAUCCACGAGUGGUACGCCGCCCUCAAGGAACGGGUAGGCACCAACGACCUUCAGGAGCUCCGACGAGCGAUAGAACCACCUUCUAUUGCUAAAGGCGCGUUUGUGACGUUCACCGAGCGGAGCUCCGAUGAGCCGGACGACCACGAUCCGAACCCUCCUCACCGAUUAAGGAGGUACAGCCCACCUGCACGAUUCAAGAAGCGCCGGAAUAGCGAUAGUUCAACAUCUGCCUGCCCUGCAUGCGAUAAUAAACACAGCCUCGAGGAAUGCUGGGCAGCCCGCCCCGAGAUUCGACCCAAUCAUCGAUUUCCGUCUCGGACUGCUGAAGCACGCGCUCAAGAGCGUGUAAAGCACGACUCAGAACUCCGCAAGCAGGUUGAACGGCUACGGAAGCGCGUCAAGAGGGAGGAUUUGGGCUCCAAAGCACCUGCUAAAAGCGCCCUUAAGGAGAGUGACUCGCAAUUACGCUCUAGAGAAGAACAUUGA